CGUCAAGCUUUUAGUAAACACUGAUAAAUCAAAUACGAUAAGUUAACUAGAAUAUUUUAUUUUGUCUAAAUGGCUGGAUUUACCCAGACAACUACAAUUUGUAAUUACGUUAUACAAACAAAACUAUUUGCUAAAGAUGUUUCGAGAGUCUAAAACUAUAUUAGGUUAUCAAUGUUUAACAUUAUUCCUAGCACUUUCAAUAAUUCAGGUACAUUAUCACAAUUCCAUUUUGACUUAUUCCACUUAUGUAGUAAAACUUUUUAAAAAUGACCACACACAAUUGUAUUGUUUUUUCAUCAUAUUUUAUACUAUCAAUCAAAUUUAUGAUGGUUGAAUCAACAAAAAAAGUUUCGCCGUCAUAUUACGUCAAUCAAACAUACAAUCCUUUUUACGUUUUUAUAGUGAACACUUUAAAAACCUACAAUGAGCGAAAAAUAAAUUUAAGUGGAAAAGAAAUAACAGUUUUGACAACCCCUGUUCGUACUUACUACGACACCAAAGGCCGCGAAAUUGUGUUUGAUAAAUUUUAUCAGAAAAUCGAAGAUAUAAAAUGUACAUUCUCAUUGAUCGUGAAAACGAAACUGGCAUACUUGUCUAAUAUUCUAGAAGGCUUGCAAAGUGGCGGAGCUAUCGAUGUUGCACGGGAAAAAUUGAACGUAUUAAAAGAAGAAGCUGGUUUUAUGAUCCUUUUGUUUCAAAAAGGCAAUGUCAAAGCGGGUAAAUGGUUUUGGAGUUAUUAUUUCAAAAUCAUGGCAAUAACUGAAUACAAGAGCAACAAACAUUUUUUUGAGGAAACUCCUUUCGGAGAAAAAGAAUUACAAAGCGAUAUUACAAAAUUUAUACAACACUGCAAGGAUAACAAAUACCUUCCCAAAAAUAUAACAGAGUUUGAUUUUGUGUCAAAAAAUUCCAAUGUACCAAUUUACAUAUUUCAAAAACUUCGUACGUCUGUUGCUGUAGAUUAUGUAUACGGAAUGCAAUCUAUAUUGAUAGACUAUUUGUAUCUAAAACCACUAUGGGAUGAACACGAAUUAUUUUUCAGUCAAAUAACCGGCGCAGCCGUAGAUUGGAUGCCAACGAUUAGACGCUACGCAGUCGAAGUGACUAAAACCAAAAAAUACAUUGAAAACCACCAAUGGAUAUCGAAACCGUUCGGCCACCUUAGUUACCACAAGUUGAUUAAACAAAUUAUCAGUGUGAGGAUGUACACCUUUAUGUGGGUAAUGUUGGUAAUAUUCAACAAAGAAAUGCAUAAAAGGGAUCUGGUUCAAUUAAAACAUUUGUAUACUGAGUCAAUGCGAAUUAUUAAUAUGGUAGAAAUAUUUAUGCACUAUACUGAAACUUUAUUUUUUGAUAUAGUAGCAGAGUUUCGUUGUGCAAUAAAUGACAACCAAAUCAACUUUGAUAGCAUUAUACCUAGAAUGUCGGUAAGAGCUAAUGAAAUUCUAGUAGAGUUGAACGGGAGUAAUUCAAAUAGCAGUGAUUGGAUCAGUAUUGACAUAAACAAAGAAUUUAAUGAUAAUAUGAUAAUACAAUUUCUUCAAGAAUUUGGCGGUAACUUUUGGCGGUUAAAUGAAAAGUUGACGGUAUUAAACUAUGAGCUUGCUUUAAGUAUUCUGGUCGAAGGAAAUUGAAGUUUUUGAGGAUAACGACAAAAUCAUGUAUCCAGCAUUGCACUUUUAUUUUUCUUAAUUUGUUCUUACCUCAUUCCAUACUAAUAGUAGGUCAGUCAAAUCCUAUAUUUGGUCAUUCAUUUAAUUUCUACUAAAUACUCUAAAUUACUUUCGCUUCUUUUACUAUUUUAGUUACUUAUAUUUUACUAUACAUACGUGACACUUGCCACAUCAAGAAAUCAUUAAGCGACUGUAGACAUAACGUGAAUUCAGGUUUUAAAAAAAAUAAUAAUAAAAAAUAAAACAGUUAAGCAUCUAAGCUGAAACCAUUGAUGUUUAAAAUUAUUGGAAUACUAAAAAUACGACUAUUUGAGUCUACAAAAAAAAUCUGUUAUUAAACAGCUAACUAUAUUUUUGAAUUAUGCAAUAUAUUAUUAAAUUCUAGUUUUAUACAAUACAGUCACAUUUUAAAUAGUUUUGUAUAAUAUACAGAUACAUUUCAUUAC